AUGGCGUGUGGCUUCGUGCUGUUUGUUUUGCUCGUCGUCAUAGCUCAUGGGCAGAGCCAGACCUUAAACGAGCUACGCAGGUUGAACCUUGAAAGUUCUCCCCCAGUCAAAUAUGAGUAUUUGUUUGAAAUAAUCUCGAAGCCCCUAAACUCUGAAUAUUUGAACGACAAAGCUUCUCAAGGAUGGAUAUUUGACCAAUAUAUCUUGAGUUCAAAUGGGGGAUUGUUUUAUAUAAUUUUUAAGAGACCUUUGUAAUAUCCAAUUUUGGCAACUCAAAGAA